AUGAUCGGUGAUAGCGUCUACGACGACCACUCUCUCUCCCCCGACCCUAAUCUCUGCAUCACGAUCGAAGAUGGGUCUCAGAGCAGCGACCACCUUGUUGCAGAAAACCCUGAUGAUCUCGAAACCGACCUUGACCUUGAAAAUGAUUGCGAUGGAUUGCUUGAAAUUGAGACUAACCACCUCGAAGAAAGCGAUACUUUCCCGGACGACUCCCAAGGAAAAUGUUUGAUGCCUCCUGCUUCGGGAAUGGAGUUCGACUCUUACGAUGAUGCCUAUAAUUACUACAAUUCCUACGCCAGGGAGCUCGGUUUUGCUAUCAGAGUCAAAUCUUCAUGGACGAAGCGUAACAGCAAGGAGAAACGUGGUGCUGUCCUCUGCUGCAACUGCGAAGGUUUCAAGAUGGUUAAAGAAGCAAACACCCGUAGAAAAGAGACCAGAACUGGUUGCCAAGCAAUGAUACGUCUCAGGUUGAUUGAGUUUGAUAGAUGGAAAGUGGAUCAAGUCAAGCUCGACCACAAUCACUCUUUUGAUCUUCAAAGAGCCCAGAAUUCUAAGUCCCAUAAGAAAACCACCAAAAGGAAACAAGAACCACCUCUUGAUGUUCAAGUCCGGACUAUUAAAUUGUAUACAACCCUUGCCGUUGACACACCGGCUCAUGGGACCUCAAACUCUAGCGGGGAGACGAGCGAUCCCACUCAUGAUCACUCCCACUCUUCAAGGCGUUUGGAGCUCAGAGGAGGUUUCAGGAUCUUGCAGGAUUUCUUCUUCCAAAUUCAGCUUACGAACCCCAACUUUGUUUACUUGAUGGAUCUUGGCGAUGACGGGUGUCUCAGGAAUGUUUUCUGGAUUGAAGCUCGAGCUAGGGCUGCAUACUCUCACUUUGGCGAUGUUGUUGUGUUUGACACAACAUGUUUAUCAAACGCAUAUGAACUUCCCCUUGUGGCGUUUGUUGGAAUAAACCACCACGGAGAUUCCAUCUUGCUCGGCUCUGCCUUGGUUGCUUACCAGAGCUGUGAGACUUACGUCUGGCUCUUCAGAGCGUGGCUAACUUGUAUGUUAGGCCGUCCGCCACAGACCUUUGUCACAGAGCAGUGCAAGGCAAUGCAGACUGCAGUCUCUGAAGUUUUUCCAAGGACUCAUCAUCGUCUUAGCAUGACCCACGUCUUGCAUACAAUUUUUCAGAGUGUUGACGGACUACAAGAUUCUGAGUCAUUCCGUAUUGCACUGAAUAGAGUGGUCUACGGUUUUCUCAAGGUCGAAGAAUUUGAAGUAGCUUGGGAAGAGAUGGUCAUCCGGUUUGGGCUGACAAAUCAUGAGACUAUUCAGGGCUUGUUUCAGGAUCGAGAACAAUGGGCUCCAGUCUACCUCAAGGAUACAUUUUUGGCCGGGGCGCUGACUUUUCAGCUAGGAAAUUCUGCAGCCCCGUUCAUCUUCAGUGGCUACGUUCACCAGCACACAUCCCUGAGGGAAUUCCUUGAAGGGUACGAAUCUUUUCUAGACAAAAAGUACACUAGUGAAGCCUUGUGCGAUUCAGAGUCCUCAAAGUCGAUCCCAGAGCUCAAAACAACGCACCCGUAUGAGUCUCAGAUGGCAAAGGUGUUCACAAAGGAGAUAUUUAGAAGGUUCCAAGAGGAGGUCUCGGCAAUGUCUUUGUGUUUUGGAGUAGCGCGAGUCCACUCAAACGGCUCGGCCUCCUCCUACGUGGUGAAAGAGCGGGAGGGAGAGAAAGUGAGAGAAUUUGAGGUCAUAUACGAGACAAGUGCAGGAGCACAAGUACGUUGCUUCUGUGUGUGUGGUGGUUUCAGCUUCAAUGGGUUCCAAUGCAGACACGUCCUCCUCCUACUCGGCCACAACGGCCUGGAGGAAGUCCCGUCUCAGUAUAUACUGCAACGGUGGCGCAAUGACGUGAAGCGUCUCUAUGUGGCGGAUUUCGGGUCAGGCCGUGUGGACAUAAUGAAUCCGGAUCAAUGGUACGAGCAUUUGCACACAAGAGCGAUGCAGGUUGUUGAACAAGGGAUGAGGUCGAAAGAGCAUUGCAGAGUUGCGUGGGAAGCGUUUAAAGAGAGUGUGAAUAAGGUUCACCUUGUGACACAUAAUCCUUCUUAG